GCGCGGAGGUGAGUCGGUGUGUUGUGGACUCGUGGUGCUGGCUGCUGCUGUUGAGGCGGCCAGGAACGGGCUGUGGGGAGCGGGCAGAGCUGGUCCUGCCCCUGCCUGGCCAGCGCCGCAUUCGGCGCGGGCCGCACCCGCCGCCGCCAACUGCCCUGAGCGCCUGCUGAGGCCGAGGGAGACGUCGGGGCCUGCACCUGGAGAAAGCCUGCCGCGCUGGCCCCAAGGAGGGGGGCGUUGCCAUGGCGACAGCCUCUCCCGCAGCUGAUGGGGGGCGGGGGCGGCCCUGGGAAGGAGGGCUGGUCUCUUGGCCUCCUGCCCCUCCCCUUACGCUUCCCUUGACUUGGAUGGGCCCGAGUUGGGGGCAACACCCUGGGCAUUGGGGCUUUCCGGCUCUUGCAGAACCUUCAGCAUCCCCAGCUGCCAGUCUUGGCAUCUUCGAAGUAAGGAGAGUUUUAGAUGCUUCUGGAUGUUCAAUGCUAGCACCUUUACAGACUGGAGCAGCUCGAUUUUCUUCGUAUUUACUUUCAAGAGCAAGAAAAGUGCUGGGCUCCCACUUAUUUUCUCCCUGUGGUGUUCCGGAGUUCUGCUCCAUAUCCACCCGAAAGCUGGCGGCCCACGGCUUUGGCGCAUCCAUGGCGGCAAUGGUGUCCUUCCCUCCCCAGAGGUAUCACUACUUUUUAGUGCUGGACUUUGAGGCCACGUGUGACAAGCCACAGAUUCAUCCUCAGGAAAUCAUUGAGUUCCCCAUCCUGAAGCUAAAUGGCCGGACCAUGGAGAUUGAAUCUACCUUUCACAUGUAUGUCCAGCCUGUAGUCCAUCCACAGCUUACCCCCUUCUGUACAGAGCUCACCGGGAUUAUACAAGCCAUGGUGGAUGGUCAGCCAAGCCUGCAGCAAGUGCUGGAGAGGGUCGAUGAGUGGAUGGCAAAGGAAGGCCUCUUAGAUCCAAACGUCAAGUCGAUUUUUGUCACCUGCGGAGACUGGGACUUGAAAGUCAUGCUCCCAGGACAGUGCCAGUACUUGGGCCUGCCAGUGGCAGAUUACUUCAAGCAGUGGAUUAAUCUGAAAAAGGCUUACAGCUUCGCCAUGGGCUGCUGGCCCAAGAAUGGACUUCUAGACAUGAACAAGGGCCUCAGCCUGCAACACAUAGGCCGGCCCCACAGCGGCAUUGACGACUGCAAGAACAUUGCCAACAUCAUGAAGACACUCGCCUACAGAGGCUUCAUCUUCAAGCAGACAUCAAAGCCAUUCUGAUUGGCCGAGGAUGGGAUGGGGCAGGACAGGGUAGCUGCUUGGCCCAGCCCAGAACCCUCCUCUCCCUCACACCAGAGGGGAAAAGGGAGUGGCACAGCCCUGCGCCCAGAGUGUCCCCUAGCUGCCCUGUGGGCUUGCGCCCUGGGCGGGGCUUGGCCACUUGGCCCCUCUGGAGCAGACACUUUGUGCCCCCCCACCCCCACCCCUCAAUCUUGGCCCAGUAUUAGCCCUAUCCCAUUGUGGGCCUGGGCUAGGGGGACCCAGUACUCACUGCCUCCUCCCUGGUACACAGGCUUCUGCUGGGGCCACUAGGCCCCCCCUGUGCCCCCUCCCAUCCAUAGUGCAUGGUGUGUGGUGCCCCCAGGGCUCCAGGACAGAUCAGGCCCCAUCUUGUGUCUACCCCAAUCCCCACUGUGAACGUGCCACUGAAUAAAGUCGGGGAAAACAAGACCCUGUGUGU